CCCAUGCAGGCCCGCCGUGCCGCCGCUGGCGCCGCUGUGGUCGCCGCGCUUCUGGGCCAGCAGGUGCAGCCGGCCCUCGCCAAGGAUGUGCUGCUGUCCGCGACCGCAGACCCGGCCGAGCAGAUCGCGGCGCCGCUGAUCGACAACUCGAACUUGGUUAAGGGCGUGCCGUUCGCGGGGGAGAACGCCCCGCGGUAUGCGCCCCAGACCACCCAGUCCGAGGACGAGCUUCUGUUCAGGGGGAACAACGGCAUCAAUGUGCUGGAGUACGUGCGUGCCAAGAAUGGCUGGGUGGGCCAGAUGCAGUUCGACUCUCCCUCGGAGGAGGCGACCGCGAACAAGCUCCUCGAGAAGCUGCGCUGAGUAGGCGAGGCGAUUCCAGGGACGGCGACGGCUUGUGGAGUUCCAUCAGCUCCCUGGCCCGUCGCUCUUGGCGCCUGUGACGUGUGUCUUCCGCGCGCGUCACACGUGUUUUUUCAACGCUCUGCGCAAGCGGAUCGCGAAAACGAUGCGCGCGCGCCGCGUUCCG